GCUGGCGCAACUCGGAGGUGGGUAGGGAUCGGCUGUGAAGAUAUAGGCAGGGUGACGGCUUUUUCCCACCGCACUGGCCGAGUGGGGACCACAGAAUUCGCAUAUUUUGCCCUAGGCCGACGUUGUGAUCUGUGAAUUUCUGUCUUGGUUGGAACAUCUGAUCCUCAUGUUCGAGAACGUUUUAAGAGCUUAGAGUUGUUUCGUGUCACGACUUGAAAGAUGGCAGAUACAGGCGGAGUUGGAGAACAUCAAUAAGGCACCGACCUGGUCCCACUUCUCUCGUCUCCUCGAUGUGCGCCACGUCGAGCUGUUGCGCUCAUCGAGGCCUUAAACCGGAGCUCGACUGGUUCGCCGUUCGAACGACCAGAAAAAUGGCAGUUGCCUCCGCCGCCACUGUGGCCGUCGCAUCGCAGCCUACGUCCCUCUUCGUCCUCCGCCACUCGGCUACCGCCUCCCGGAUCUUUCUCCCCCCUGCGCGCUUCUUCCGCCCCUCGAACCCCGGGCCGCCUCAUUUCCUAUCACCUUCCUUCCCUUGAUCGACGGAAAUCACUGAGUCGCCGCCGCCGCCGAUUCCGAGGCACAGGAUGUCGAGGUAGAUGUACAAGACGACGCAGCAGGAGGAGUCGAGGGGCCCGAUCACGGCUCGGGGGCUGGCGAAGGCGACGACGACCGCUCCGAGGAGGCGAGGAGGGAGGGGUCGACAAAGAGAAGAAGUUGACGCCGGUUUUCGAGGCCCUCGUUGGUGUUGGUGGAAUCGUGCGAUAUGUCAAAAGUGGAAGUCAGAAGUCAUUAGCAGCCUUUCUACCGUAUUAUGUGUACGCACGACUUCCGGCGAUAGCAGCUUUUGCAUCAUCUACGAGACUUGGUGUAUCUGCCACCCUCCGUGCGGUGAUCGGUGGCUAAAUCCUCCGUGUCUGAUACCUACUACCACCGGACUCUGUGACUGGCCCCUGUUGUUACGAAAUAUCUUAUACUGCCUAAAUCAAGCCAACUGAUAUGGAUUUAGAUUGAAGUUUACGUGAUCGGACACGAAUCAACAGGAUUAUUUCCUGACAAAAGUAGAGAGAACAUGGAAAGAAGAACAAGUUGACGGUGGAGCAGGAA